AAAUAAAGUGGACUGGAUGAGACCCCACCAUCAAGAAGCCCAAGGCACAGAAGGACCAACGGGAGGCUGCUAGAUCCAUGGAGGGAAAUAUUGAAAUCUUAAACCUGAAUAUGAAGCCUGGGAACACCCUGAAGGUGAAGGGCAAAAUAUCUGCUGAUACUGUUGGCUUCAGCAUCAAUCUUGGCUGCAGCUCAAGAGAUCUGGCAUUUCACUUCAAUCCCCGCUUCAACGAGUCUGUCAUCGUCUGCAACUCCAAGUGCUCCGAUUCCUGGCAGGCGGAACUCCGUGACCGCCACCUCCCUUUCUUCAGGGGCUGCACUGUCAAGUUCUUCAUUGAAAUGCUGUCGGACAAGUUCCGUGUGAAGCUGCCCGAUGGCCAUGAGGUGUGCUUCCCCAACCGGCACGGCCACCGCAACAUCAGCUACGUAAGCAUCGUGGGGGGACUGAAGAUCAUCUCCUUCAAGCUCACCUGAUGGGCACUGCUUCCUGGCUCUAAUAAAACCCAAGCCAGUGGAAGUCUGGCUGUUCCA